AAAUAAAGUACAAAUGCGAACCAAACCCGCCCGUAGGAAUUCGCCCGGAUGUAAACAAACCGUGACGUACAUCGGAACCUUCCCACAAUGCACUGCUUACGUCUAUUUAACACGUAAACAGGCGAAAGACAGAGCUGCUAAAUUAACCUGAACGCACUGGGUGGACAGUUUGGAAACGGCAGAAAGAGAGCGUGUUUGUGUUUUUGUUUAUGUGACUGAUUUUGAAGUUGAAGCUAUAAGAGGCGCUGCGGCGACAUCCUCGCCUAGCGGCCGCUGGUGGCGGUGCUUUUCAGCGUUAGCUUGCCGGUUCGCUGGGACUGUCUUAAGCCGUGUGUAGAAGCUCCUCGUAACAUCGGGCAGCUGACCCCAACUGGAGCAGACAAAGGAAAGAAAAUAAUUUAUUAAAAAAAAAAGACGUAUAAACUGAAAAAGAUAUAAAACUAUUCGAAGGGACCGCGAGGUCGGAGUAAGAUAGUUAGGAAUUAGUUUACUGGGUAUUGUUACAUUAAUUUAUAUAUUCAUAUUUGGGUGUUUGGUGGUCUGAUAUUUGUAAAUACUGGCUUUGGUUAGCUUUAGCAAGCGUAGCUAGAAAAACACAAUGAGCACCGAAGAGACGGCAGCGCCUACAAAAUCCGUUCCGGAUGAUGAUGGAAUGACAUGGUGGUACAGAUGGCUCUGCAAAAUAGCUGGGGUUUUGGGAGGAAUAUCCUGUGCCAUCUCAGGAGUGUGGAACUGUGUCACUGUGAACCCUCUAAACAUUGCUGCUGGAGUGUGGAUGGUGUUGAACGCCUUUGUGUUGUUCCUCUGUGAAGUCCCGUUUUGUUGUCAGUUCAUCGAGUUUGCUAAUGCAGUCGCAGCUCGUGCAGACAAACUCAAACCUUGGCAGAAGGCCUUCUUCUAUUGUGGGAUGGCUCUGUUUCCUGUAUUCUUGAGUUUCUCCUUUACAACCUUGUUUGGGAACGCCAUCGCCUUUGCUACAGGAGUGCUGUACGGCCUCGCUUCUUUAGGCAAAAAGGGAGAUGCAGUGACUUACGCCAGACUGCAGCAUCAGAAACAGGGGGAUGAAGAGAGGAUGACAGGAACGACAAACGGGGCUCCAGAGUGAGGCCUUUUCACCAGCUGUUGUUUCUUUCCCUCCUCCUCUGUUCUACACUUGGAAUUUUUCUCCUGUCAUCUAUCCAUCCUACCUCUUUCUCCACACCCCUUUCUUUACUUAAAUGUUACAUUCUUGUUGCGCUCACCCGCACAACAGAUUCAGGCUGUUAUUUGGUACUUGCCCUAUAAAUGGGAUUCAUGAUUGUGACCUGAUCACUUAUAUUUAAAACUUAGCUUUUAUGUUUUGUUGUGUUUUGCUGGUGUCAGUCAUACAGCCUUUAUCUCUCUUUCUUUCUUUUUUAAAUUGACAUCGUUGUCGCCCAAAAAGCCUUUCAGGAAAUCUGAUCAGAAAAUAAUGUGAUUGUAAAUUGUACAUAUUUGACUUCAGGUUAUUCACUUUGACUUUAAGGCUGCAGUUCAGAGUUAUGUGUCAGAGGAAGUCGCCUCUGUGCAUUCUUUGUGUGUGAGUGUGCCUCCCUGCUGUGGCACCGUGUCUCAAUGCAAUUUAACAACCGUGUGGCUAGAGUGGGUAUACUUUUGUUUUGGGCACAGCGUGGUACACAGUGUCAGCAGUACAACACAUCAGCGGGUUAAAAAAAACAACAACAAAAAAAGUUAUGACACUUUAAUAAUGCACAAUGUCCCGAGGUAAAGAACCGCAUGUAUCAGGAACAGGAAUUGUAGCAAACAGAGCUGCACUCACAGAGUUGGGAGAGUGGAAUUAUUGCCUGGAAGAACGUGACUCUUUUCUCAGCUGUCCUCAGAUCAGAUUCGUCACAUUUUGGGAUUCUCUUCAGCCGCAGGAGGCUACGUUUGCAGCUGCGAGGCACGAUGUGCAUCACACAUGUGUCAGAUCACACUUUGGUAAUACUCAGAAUCAGUUGGGGAGAGAAGCCUUCUCAAGUUGCGGAUGAGCCACAGCUCAUCUAGAGAGACACAGGUUUAUUUUCUGUAUCCUCUGAAGGCUGAGACCGGAUCUACUAGAGAACUUUGAGCUAUGUUUACUAACGCGUUGCACCGGCGCAAACUAGGUUUGGCGUUAAAAACAAAAAAAUAACACUGUCAAUAUUCACAAUGACACUGCAGCGACAAGAUUGCGUCUAAGUGGUGCAAACUUUUGCGACUGGCCCUGUUGCGUAUGUAUUUCUGAAAGUUUUCUUUCUCAAUGCACAAAAUACAAGGAGGAGAAUAUUUAAAUCACAUGAUACACAGUUUACUGCUACCUGCGGCAAUAUUUAACGCAGAAAAAACACUAACCACGCUUAUAAAUACUAUCUGAGGAUUGCACUCAUGCGCUAAUUUGCCCCACUUAGUAAGUCUGGACGAUAAAAAGCGAUUGCAGGGAUAAGCGCUGUCACUUCAGAAUGUAUUAUUGUAUUUAAGUCAUGAAAUGUUAAGGACUGUGUAUCGUCUUCUGUCCAUAAUUAACAUUCAGUGUCAGUGUAAAGACAUUUUACUACACAUUUAAAAAUCCCUCAGAUGCAGAAAAGUGCAGAUUUUUUACAUGAUCAAAAAAUGUUGCUGUAGUACAUGAAAGAAACGCAUGAGCACAAAUAAAUGUGUAAAAUUACAGAAAAAAAUGUUCUGGUAGCUCUGUUGUAAUUACAAAACUGAAGGAUUGUGCUGAUUCUAAUGUGGACUCAUUGUAGAAAAAAAAUUCUGCAUUUAAUAGUGAAAAAACACCAUCUUUUCUGUGAUUUAAUUGUUUAUCUAUGACUUAAUUAUUUUAGGGUAGUAUGGAUGGCAAUCGGGGAGGUCCUUAUGUGUAGAAAAAGCUCUAAAGCUCAUGAAAGUGCAGUUAGAAGUCCAAUAUCAAAGCCAUUCUGUGGGCCAGAUUGGAGUCUUUGCCGGACAGAUUCUGGCCCCCGAGCCUUAUGUUUGACACCCUCAGUCUAGGCACUUAAUGUCUGUCAACCAAAACCUUUUAUAAAUCUCUGGCCAGUGAUUUCAGUAGCAUAGCUUCUGAGCACACACAGGUCUAAACUGCAGCUUGACGUCAUAUUUGAGGGAUAUUUUUAACAUUGGAGAAUGUAUCUGGUGCAUCCAAAGAUAGAGACCUUUUAUCUUUAUUUUUGUUUUGUGCUUUUUAUACAUUAACUUUUCAGUUGGCUUAAGCUCAGUUGAGGUAUUUGUGUAGCUUUCAGUUGAAUGGCAAAACCUGCUUGUGCUGCUAACGGACAAGAGACCAGUCGCCAACUUGUGGCACGUAGAUUUUGUGAAACGUCAUGAAACGAGGAGCAAAACUGUGCACUCAUUUGGGAAUCUUUGUGUAGCUGGGGGGGGGGGGUUUUCCCGCUUUAGAAUCCGUUAAUAAGUAUCUGCUGAUUUCUUUGUGUCUGACAUACUGCUCUCUUAUGCUCUACCAAAACCCAUCCACAGUUUAAUGAAGGGAAGCGUCUUGAUUCAGGGACUAAUUUGUCUGUAUCCCACACAUUCACCACAGCAAUGGUUUCACUCAAAUGAGGUAUGCAGUGCUCACCAGUGUACUGUGUGUGUGGUUUGUUUUUGGGCCUUGCCAUUGUUGUUUUAGCAGUAAUAAGGAUGGAAUAAGUGUUUACACAUACCUCUUACAGCUGUUUCUACCUUAAGUCUUGACUGAGUGAAUUAUUCAUACCAUCACCAUCAGCUCUCAGGUAUCAUAGUUAACAGUGCACAGCACACAAAACCAGCCUGUGCGCAGGUCAUAGUCGAAGCCUGACUCUACGAUUUUACUGUAUCACCCGAGCCAACGGGAAAAGCAUUUUGUCAUGCAAUUAAAACACACACAAAACAGCCUUCACACACAUCAAAUCCAGUGAUAUGCUAAAGUCUAACACACCACUGCUGUUAUAACACUGCUUUCUCUGUCCACGGCCAUCCACAACAAAACUAAUUGCUGCAGGUGUUGAGUGUAUCUUGUGCUGUAAGGGAUAUGUGAAUAAUGUGUGUUGUGAUGUGAAUCCUGAUCAUAUUACAAAUUAGUGAAUAAACAAAAUUGCUACUACUG